ACAUACCUUCGGGAGUACCAGCGUGACGGUAUAAAGUUUUUCUAUCAUCAGUAUAGUGAAGGAAGAGGUGGCCUACUUGGUGAUGACAUGGGUCUUGUAAAACGAUCCAAGUCAUAUCAUUCCUCGCUGCCAUUAUGCGGAAGGAUGGGGUAGUCACAGACAAGUAUCGAAGACGUGAUCAUGUUUCACGAUUACAAGAUGGCUCUGCCUGGAAGAAGCGUAGGGAAUUGCCAGCUGCAGAUGCGACCUGGCCGACUUGCAUAAUUAUUGCGCCGACAUCUCUCGUGCUAAAUUGGGCCAGGGAGUUGAAGACUUGGGGAUACUUUGAGGUGGGUCUGUACAUUGGUACCAGAGAAAAUCGGCGCAUUGUCCUUGAUGACUUCAAGAAGGGCCGUCUCGACGUUGUCAUCACUUCCUUUGACCUUGCUCGGAGGGAAAUCGAUGCCAUCGACACACUCGCCUGGACGUGCUUAUUUGUCGACGAAGUUCAUCGCGUAAAGAAUAUCACAUCAAAGGUCACUCAGGCGUACCACCAAUUCACCACCCAACGAAGAUUUGGGCUUACGGGGACGGCUAUUCAGAAUGGUUAUAUUGAGCUGUACACACUUCUAGAUUGGACGAACCCUGGACGCAUAGGCACUCCUAGGCAGUGGAAGGGCUUUAUUGAGAAGCCUCUCCUUGUAGGCCAGUCUGCGAAGGCUUCUGAGGAGGAGAUAGCAAAGAGUAUGCAAGUAGCGAUUAUUCUCCGAGAUAAGGUCAUGCCCCGCUUUUUCUUGCGAAGAACGAAAGAGAUCAUAAAAGACCAACUGCCACAGAAAUUUGAUCAAGUGGUGUUCUGCCCUCUGUCCGAUAUACAGAUAAGCGUUUAUAAGCGGAUUCUCGAGACGCCUGCCGUGCAGAACUUGAUACACAAGGACGAUGACUGUUCAUGUGGGUCUGGAAAAAAACAAAAAGAUUGCUGUGUGCCAUAUGAACCUGCGGAUGUCCUUCGAUAUAUGUCAAUCUUGUUGAAACUUUCCAAUCAUCUGGCCCUUAUAUUGCCGUCUCCAACCGAUUCCAAAGAUCAGGUGUUGCGUAACCGCCAAUUGUCAGAAAUCGCAUUUCCCGAUGGUGCACCGAUGUACGUCGAGGCGAUGUUGAACCCGAAGUACUGCGGGAAGUGGCUGGCUUUGCAACUGCUACUCGAAAAAUGGAGGAAGGAUCCGACCAACAAAGUACUCAUCUUCACCAAAUCGGUCAAGCUCAUUGAGAUGCUGGAGCAUUUGCUCAAGGUUCGCAGUUACACUUUUGUCAAACUUGACGGAAGCACCAAACAAGAGACUCGGAUGGAAUACGUUGACCAAUUCCAAAACGACCCGGAUGUCUACAUCUUCCUCAUCUCCACUCUUGCCGGCGGGACCGGGUUGAAUUUGACUAAGGCGAACAAAGUGGUCAUCUUCGAUCCCAAUUGGAACCCUGCACAUGAUCUCCAAGCAAUGGACAGGGCAUUCCGCCUGGGACAAACUCGAGACGUUGAAGUAUAUCGGUUGCUUGGGGGUGGAUCGCUAGAAGAGCAAAUUUAUGGACGGCAGCUGUAUAAGCAGCAGCAAAUGGCGAUUGGGUAUGAAGCCAGUGUGCAAACAAGAUACUUUGAUGGUAUUCAGGGCGACGCUCAAAGACAAGGAGAACUUUUUGGUAUCAAAAACAUGUUCAAGCUCAACGAAGGCCUGUCAACCAAAAUGGCGAUCGAAAAAGCUAAUAUUGCGGAGUUGGACUGGGCACUCGCCAAUAUGACUCCGGAGAAAAAGCGGAAAAUGUCCGACGAACAGAAGAAGUUGUUUGAGGCUGAGAAAUCGGAGUCUCAUAAAGACGAUGGUUUGCGCGGGCUUGCCGCCUUGUUCUUCGAUGACGAGGCUAUGCCAACAACUUCGGCCAAACCAAUGACUGAGGCCGAGAAAAUACUUGCAGCAGCUGGUGUGCAAUACAGUCACCGCAACGAUCACAUCCUUGCCCCCAGCAAGAUCGGAGAGGUGCGCGCCAAAAACGUACUAGCCGAGACGAAGAAACGCACCAGCGUCAAAUCUAAGCCUCGGAUAUCGGCAGGAAAAACAGCUCGGAAAGAUCAACAGGCCAUAGGACGACGGAGUUCUUGGCCACCCAUUCGACGUGGUGUGCACCACCGGACCACCAAGCUGGUGGUACCCCCAAAGACCACAGAUAGGACCCCUGGGCCACAACGAAUUGAUGAGCCUUCAUUGUUGAGUCCUGCUUGGACCCCCGAGGAGACACGAGCCAAUCGCCAGCGUGCGUUGAUCGAAAUUGGAUGGCUCAAGUCCCCUGAUGACAUGCCUGCCUUUGCUCUUAAUCUGAUAAAUCAACCCGAAGACGCUCGGGCAAACAUUCUGCGUAUGCUGGACGAGCAUGCGAUAAAGUACCCUCCGGAUCUAUCUUCAGACUAGAUCUUUAGAGCAAAUUGUAUAUUUACUGGCAUUUCUAUGUGUAACAUGAUCGUUAAGGAUCACUCGGUCCAGUGUAUUCAAACUUCUCUUUGACAUGGACCACACUUUAUUUUCUUCAGGGCGAACCGGCGCCGAUGUUUACCGACCUGCUCGAGUUCACGGUGCUCCGUCUGCCAUUCACUUUGGUUGACUUUGGUGCGGGACCUAGUAGACUCUUUACGUUCUAAUUCAGUAUUGUGACGUUGAUUGCAAGCGAGGGUCGAAUAUGCGCCUGGUCUCUGUGUAUUAGGGAAUAGAGAUGACAGGGAUUAAGUUCAGGAGGACACUGCUGUACGAAGACGUCGUUCUGCUCUUUUAUCACACAUCCAUACCUAAGCCUGCAUCAUUCAGAGUCUACUAGGAUAUCAUAAUGCCCGGGUCUAAACAUACAACCAUCAGCGAAAACAUACGACUCUUAACUCGAUUCUA